CUCUCACUCACGUCUCGCGUCGCAAGGCUGCCUGUCUUGCCUCUACUUCUUUGAUUUCCAGGUUCUAUCUUGAACCCAGCUGCGUCAGGGCAGGCCCCUGCGCUCAGCAGGCUCGGCUGCCUGCUAACCAUUCUAUCAUGGCAGACACAGAUUAUGCCGAUGAUGUCCACUUUGCGGGCUUGGUGCAAGCCGCGACAGCUGCGGCAGACGAACAGACUAGGAGUCCAACGUUACUUGGGAAAAGGAAACGAACGGAGAGCAUCACUGCACACACGUCGACAUUGCCAGAUCGCAAAAUCAGUGAUGCAUCCCCCGAGAUCACAUCCCCUCAGCUGCAGAGUUCAGCAUCUGUUCUCUUCCGAGAGCCAUCUUCGAAGAGCAGGAAAUACAGCAGGCCUCCUCUAGGCAAGGUCUUUGCAUCUUUGGAGCUGGCUCCAGAGAAUUUCCUCCGACUCCAAACCGCUGCCAAAGCCUUCAUGCUCGACGAAGCCCACCCUGAACGUCGAGACGUUGUGGGUCAUAAAAAAGUCACUGGCGGCACCGACGUGGCUAAGCUGAAACUGUGGAAUUGUGUUGAAGAGUUUCUUGCAGUGCACGGAUAUGGUGAGAAAUACUUCGGUCCAGGGGCAGGAGAAGGGAUUCCUGGUGCCCCUCCUAGGACUUUAAUAUGGCCCCAAGACAGUCAAACAAUCAUCAAACUGAUGAUGCCACUGAUGCGCAAGAUGGUCACGAAUGAGCGCCAGCGAGUCUACGCUGCUGCGACCAGAAGACAAUGCUCUAACAAAGAGAACAAGGAUGAUCAGUCAUUACCAGCAACACCAGCAGACGACUCUCUAACUUCACACGUCGACACGCAUGAAACAGCCUUGUCAACUAAUGGUCAUCAAACCACUUCUCCUGAUCCUGUCGAGCAGCAUCCAUCCACGGUAUCUGCGAGUGAACCUCAACCUACAACACCUUUUAAGCAAUCAAUCGUUCUUUACGUCAACGUGGUCUCGAAUACUGGUGGUGCUCUGAGGCGAGUAAUACCACGAUUUACGUUGACACCUGAGGCCGCUCCGAGUCUUUCCAGCCUCGUCGCCGAAGUGGAGAAGAAGUACAAGAAACCGCAGCAAGACAAAAGCCCGGAUAGUGCAUCUCGCCCAGUGGUGAAAGUCUGGCUGCCUGAUGGCCUGGUGACGGUGACGGAAGAUGGGGAAUGGAUGGUUGCUUUGCUGAGUGCUGGUGUUGUUGACUGGAUGGAUGGAGAGGUCAGGGUUCUUGUUGAAGUAUGAAUAGCCAUUCCACAGUCGCCUGCUCGACGUUUACCAUAGUACCAGGUAGACAUGCAGACUACUAUCAGCUUGGAAAGGAUGGUCAGUGAGCUCAAUUCUUUGAUGAGACAUCUCAGCGAUGAUCCUACAACCUCGUCCACUCAUGAUGCGACACAACAGUAGGUAAUGAUAGAAAGGCGCCGCCAAACACGAAAGGUAGUCUGCGCGACUUUCCGCAUUGGUGCAUAUGGGAGACGAUCAGCAUAACGGCUGAUUAAACCUGCUCCUGGGACCUCUCAGUCCUGGGAACGUUUGUGGGCUUGAUCGACGCUUGGAUCUGGGUCUGGAGAACCCCCAGUUCACGACUGGCUGAGUGCUCGCUUAUUGCCGAAUUUUGGCUUUGGAGCCCUGUUCUGCUGGCGUUGCCGGCUUCAGAGUCUAUCUGAAUUCGGAAUGGGAUUGAAUUGCUGGACUGUAUUUGGCAAAAGCGGUGUUGAGAGAAGAAGUGUGUGCCGCUCCUCGACAUCCAGUCGCGACCUAGUAGCGUCUUCCAGGGCGAUGGGUUGCCCCAAGUUGACGCUGUACUCAGCCAGCCAACGCACAGACAUGGUUACUCGGAGUUGAACUACCAACCAUCACCAAUAGCUUUUUACGUACUUUUACUCCGACCCUAGCAUGAGAUGUGGUGUUGCCCUG